CAGAGGUUCCGACCAAGCAUUCGCCUCUUGGUAGUUGUGUACUCUUUGCAUAUGUAAACAAAUUAAAUUUUGUAGCGAAGAUUCAUCUGUCAUCCAUUUUCAUUUAUUUACAAGCGUUGUUAUUGUUAUUUUGGUAUUAAAAAAAGCACAUGUUCUUCAAGUACUUGAAGUGUAUACAAUCAUGAAAUCGGAGGCGAAUAUAGAAAAGCAACAGAAAUAUGCAAAAUAUUUUGCCCUUAAGGCAACUCAAAUUAUUGUGCAAUCGCGGCUUGGCAUAAAACAUAAUAAAGAAUCAAGACCAGAUGUGACUGGUACUUUUUGGUUUUACUUGAAUAUCGAAGACUCAUCAGAAGUUUUGUUAGAGACAAAACGAGUUUUAAAUGGCGAGAAAUUUUCACAUUUUCGUAUGUGUGUAGAGAUUUCAUUGAAAACGACUGAAGGCGAUCAAAUGGUUCUAGAGGCAUGGUGUCUUAGUUUAUCACCUGAAAAUACUGAAGCUGUUCCUUCGAAUAUAGUAUAUAACCGAAUGGGAACUUUAUUGAAAUCUUUGCUGUCAGUAACAAGAGUUGUUCCAGCUUAUAAACUUUCUCGAAUGCAGGGUCCCGAUUCGUAUGUUAUGUGUUAUAGAAUAUAUAUGGGACAACCACAAGAACAAUGUCUAGGUGAGGAUUACAAACGUAUACGCAUAGGUCAAAUUACUUCUGAUGUUGGAACAUUUCAUCUAUCGGUCUCCUACCGAACUAAGCUGACCUUUUCCCCAACACAUACUGAAAGAAAUAUAAAUAAUCAACCUAAAACCAAUUUAGAAAAUCAAGGUGGAAAAGAAGAUGAUUGUCACAAAGUCGAUCUUGAGAAACCAAUGAUGCCAGGAGCAUUUGUCAACCCAUCACAGGUAAAGACUUUGGAAGAUUCUGUCCACUUGCUUGUACCCCUCAUUCCUCUCGGGGGACUUUCUGUAGAAAAAAGUGAUGAAAAGUCUGACAGUGCAGAAAUUGAAAAACAAGAACUAGACGAAAAUGAAAAUUGCGAAGAAUCUAAACCGGAUUUGCUAAAAAUGGAGUCCUCUACUGAAUCAAACGAUGACUACAUUAUGGUGCCACUGUAUUGCCCGUUUGCCAGUUCCAAGGAUUCGGUAGAAUUAGCAGAUUUCAUUCAACAAUGGAAAACUGCUCCCUCGCUGGAGGAUUUUGGUGACCUCCCUCCCCCCGAUGAAUCAGAGGUUGCGAAACAAUUGGAGACAUUCGAGUCUGAUUUGACCAAAUUCGACAAAUGUUUUGAGAAGUUAUAUAAAUCGUCAGACGACGAAGACUGAAAUUAGUUUUUCCAUACAUAUUAAUGUUGUAUGUAAAUAUAAAAUGUUUAAUAAAUAUAAAAUGCUUUUAGAAAAA